UGGAGAUGAAGCUGCGCAAGGCGAAGAGUCGACGCUGCUGAACUUCGAUGAUCCACCUGUGCAACAUGGCAAUACCGAUAAUUUUAGUUGCACAAAUGGACAAUCCGCAUUCGUUUUGCAAACGAGAAUAGACGCAAGAGUCGACGAAGAUGAGGAAGGACAUAACGGCGGCGCUUACGAUCAUGGUUCCCAAUCCCAAUCCGCGCAGUUGCAUAAUGUCCCGUUUAUUUUACCACGCCUC